AUUAUUUGUCUGAUGCUAUCGUCCACCUCUACUUUAUACACCCAAAAAAAAAAAAAAAAAAAAAAAAAAAGUCUGCUUGUGAGGGAGGACCGAGGAUGUCUCCUUCGUCCCUGUAAUAAAGGAGAUUUCUUCUUUCAAAUGGCGGGUGGUGUGAACAGGAAGAUUUCUGCAGCAUCAGCCAGGGCCCACACCAGAAGAGCGAAGCAAAACAGUUCCUUUCAGCUUCCUUCAGGAAUAUUCAAGAAAGCACUAGUUUUGUUCUUUGUUGGGUUUUUGGCAUGGGCAUAUCAAGCAAUCCAACCUCCUCCACCCAAGAUAUGUGGCACUCCGGAUGGCCCACCUGUUACGGCAUCGAGAAUUAAACUCAGGGAUGGAAGGCAUUUGGCCUACAAAGAGCAGGGUGUGUCAAAAGAUAGCGCCAAGUAUAAGAUUGUCAAUGUCCAUGGUUUUGGUUCUUGCAGGCAUGACACCAUCGCUAAAUUCCUAUCUCCGGAGGUUGUGGAAGAACUAGGCAUAUACAUUUUGUCUUUUGACAGACCUGGUUAUGGAGAGAGUGACCCUGAUCCCACGCGGACAGUGAAGAGCUUGGCUUUAGAUAUAGAAGAGCUUGCUGAUCAAUUGGGAUUAGGACCCAAAUUCUAUAUAGUUGGUUUCUCCAUGGGUGGACAGGUGCUCUGGAGCACCCUCAAAUACAUCCCUCACAGGUUAGCAGGCGCUGUGCUGCUAGCUCCUGUUGUAAACUACUGGUGGACUGGUUUUCCUUCAAAUCUAUCUAAUGAAGCCUACAACCAACAAUUUUGGAAUGACCAGUGGUUCCUUCGUGUCGCUCACCAUGCUCCUGGGCUUACAUACUGGUGGAAUACUCAAAAAUGGUUUCCCUAUUCAAGUGUUGUGGCUCAGAGCCAUGACGUUCUUUCUCGCCAAGACAAAGAGAUCAUUAAAUCACCAAGAAGGCAAUCGAGAGAGGAAUAUUUGGCACAGGUAACACAGCAAGGAAAAUACGAGUCCCUCUUCCAGGAUAUGAAUGUGGGAUUCGGGAAGUGGGAAUUCAGUCCUGUAGAACUGGAAAAUCCCUUUCCGAAUAACGAAGGUUCUGUCCACUUGUGGCAAGGAGAUGAAGACGUUCUCGUGCCUGUUUCUCUGCAACGCCACAUUGCCCAGCAACUUCCGUGGAUUCACUAUCACGAGCUACCCGGUGCUGGGCACUUAUUCCCAGAGGCUGAGGGGAUGGCUGAUACAAUCUUCAAGGAACUUCUUGUUGGGAAGAAUUGAGCUUCACUUGAGCAGUUGGGACACACUCGUCAACUUCUCUAUGCAUUCUCAUUCUCUCGUGCGUAAACCGUGGGAUUUGGAACUUCUGAUGCUCUAUGUUUUUAUGGUAAAUUUUACAGUAGAAAAUUCUAUUUUUUGGAAUGAUAAUGUAGCAGCUAUUUUGUGUUUGUAAUAGACAAAGCUGAUUUGUGUCUAGACUAGUUCUUGUAAACUCAUAUAUUUACUUGUCAGGAUAAUGACCUGAAUUGGGGAGUUUUCGUUUCUAAA